AUGCGCUUCUCUCACAUCUUCUCCCUCGUCAGCAUCAUCGCCAUUGCCCAUGCGGCUGGUGACGAUGACACCCUCGCCAAACGAGCCUGCUCCCUGACCCCCUGCAAAGCCACCGGCAAGACAUCCUGCGUGGGCUCUGUCUACUCGGACGGAACCUGCAUCAACCUCAGAUCCAGCAACGGAAAGCCAUUUGUCUCUGGAUGGACUGCCCCGGGAUGUAGCUGCAAGAUAUACUCCAAGCUAGACUGUGAGGGAGACGAGAUUACGGUUAACAGUAGCGGGUAUGGAAAGUUUCCUUUUGAUGCUAUUAGUAUGGAGUGUUGA